CAAACGUCGAUUGACCGCGAGAGCGGUGACCAUGUAACUCGAUGCUCUGGACUGCCAAAUUUAAUCGACGGUUUGCGCAUACAGCGUGCCACGUACCCUGUCAGGCCACAAUAACUGAUUUUGACGCUGCCAAUACUUAACAACAUGGGCAAGAUCGAGGACCGUUUGGCCGAGUUGGGCUACGAACUGCCCGCCGCGGGCGCCCCCAAGGGUAACUACGUUAACGUCGUGCGCACGGGGGACUACAUCUACACCGCUGGUCACCUGCCCGUGACGGCUGCGGGGGAGCUCAUUACUGGCAAACUGGGCAAGGACUUGACUACCGAGGAGGGGUACGCUGCGGCGCAACGCGUUGCUCUAGCUCUGCUAGCCACGCUUAAAAAGGAACUGGGUGAGCUGGACCACAUUAAGCGCGUCGUCAAGCUCACGGGCUUCGUCAACUGCGUCGACACGUUCACUGCGCAGCCAGGUGUGAUCAACGGCGCGUCGGACGCCGUGGCCGCCAUCUUCGGAGACAAGGGCAAGCACGCGCGUUCGGCUGUGGGCACCAACGCCCUACCGCUCAACGUGGCAGUGGAGAUCGAGGCCGUCGUGGAAGUGGAAGCUGGUGUGCCCUCCCUUUCGUAGGCUACUGAAGCUCUAAAGGUGUAAGCUCUUCUCCCUUGUAUGAAUGAUACAGGGCAGCGGAGUAUAAAAUUCACUUUUAAGUUUUUAACAAUUAUUGCGGCUAUUUCUACUUGUGACGGACACUGAAGUGCAGAGCUACGAAACCGAGAAGACGGAAGAACAGACUGAGCGCUACGAGACUCCAUACGUCGUUCCAGAUAGACUGAUCUGGAAUAUUGUAGCUUUCCAAUACAUCGUGCCCUGAUAUAGGAGUACAUUCCGCU